AUGCAUGUACUGACUGCCCUCGCGCCAAUAGCCUUGUUUACAGGCACGUCCAAAUCUAACGAUGACCUUACAGCCCAACAAAGCACUAUUUUAGGUACUUCAAAACUUACUGGAGGCUCAAAACAUUCUCCAGCUGGGAAUUCUCUAUGCUCGCUGAACAAUCCUUGCACCGGCGACCUCACUUACUUCGAUACUGCAACAGAUUCAUCUUCGCCGGGCGCUUGUGGCACAACAAAUGAUGGAGAAGUAGAUCUUGUCCUUGCAUUGCCUCAUGGUAUUAUGGACGCUUCUUAUUGUGGAAAGACUGUCCGUAUAGAGUUUAGUGGGAAGACAGAAUUUGGAAAGGUGGUCGACAAGUGUAUGGGGUGUACUGAUCAAUCAAUCGAUCUGUCUCGGGCCCUAUUUCAGAAAUUUUCUGAAUUAGAAGCAGGCCGUCUUUCUGGGGCCCAUUGA